AUGUCGGAAGGCAUUGUUCUUCACUCACCCAGCGUCAAUCAGAUGGCUCACGAAUACCCACGACGCAACAAGCCGAUCGAGCCUUUAGAUGGCGUGGUGUCACUUGAGAAGUCAUACAGGGUAUCAGUUUCGGAGGACACUGAUAUUCCCGUCGAUCAGAAGGAAGAUGCUGGCGCUGUUGCUUUCUUGUUUCCCCCAGAUGGACACCUCCCAUGGUCAGUGUCCUCAAUUUGGCUUGCUUGUAAGUUGUGGCUUUUGGAACUUUUCAAUCCAGUCAAAGAUGAAUCUUGCAGAGACAAGCGAGUGGAGCUGCUCAUGGACAAACACACAUCCGGUAAAAAGGCUCUCCGGGAACGAUUCCCUGGUCUGUGGUAUCUCGAAGUAAUUGCUGUACAUCCAUCUCUUCAGUCACGCGGACUAGGAGGCGGCGUGAUGAAGGCUAUUCUCGAGAAAGUUGCCGGAAAUCCGAUCUUCCUGGAAUGCACCAAGAAGGAGAAUAUCGCCUUUUAUGAGGGGUUCGGCUUCAGGACAAUAGAACAAGUGGAGAUCACCGAUACGCCAACGAACGAGGAUGAGGAUGGAAAACUCAGGUAUUGGGUGAUGAUUCGAGAGACGAAUAGUAACUAG